UCCACGUGAGCCUUGAUGAUUUCAGCCUCGUGCGGCGAUAUACCUCCUGCCGCUGCUGUGCUGGUCCGGACAUCGCGGUUCCUCAUCGAUGCAUUGUACAUUGAAUUGGAGAAUAUGGGCUUGCCGGUAGUGAGGGCCACAGAGAAGGCACAGAAGGCGUAUGAGGGAGUUUUUGUAUCCACUGAGUCAUCGGAGGAUCUCUUCAAGAUAGUGCAUCGUUCGCGGCUAGCUCACAAUGUGUUGGGCCUACUACGUCACGAUGGGGGCCAUAAGGCUCGGGAUAGGAAUAGCCUGUAUAGAUGGGUUAAGAACGAUGUACCCUUCCGAGAGGUAUUGCCGUCGUUUGGGCCCAACUCUACCUUCUGGGUUAGACUAGCUGACGGUGAUUACUCUAGUACGGUUGGCAUGAGGAAUGUGGAGGUGCAGCGAGCGGUGCGCCAUGGUUUGCAGUGCUACUUCCAUAAAGGGUUUGGUUCGGUCCCUCGACCCCUCAGGGACCAUCCUGACUUUCUGUUCUUCGUCACACCCCCUGAGUGUGGGAUUGGCCUUUGGGUCGACUACGGCUACCGUAACGGAGUGAAGUCUCUCAAUUCUGCAGAGGGUGGCCCGUUAAUCGAAGAUAAGCGUUGCCCUGGUAGGAAUUUGAGGAGCUCAGUAGCAGCCGCGAUACUCUGCGGGGCACGCUACGUUCCUGGGAGGGAUGUACUUGUCGACCCCUACUGCGAGGACGGGGGUAUAUUUCUAGUUGAGGCAAGGCGAUGGGCCCAACGUGUUGAUCCUGGGAUGAACUCUGAGGCAGCAUCGGUCAGGCCAUCAGCGUUCCCGGGCUCUGAUGACCUAUGGCGUAGUUUGGUAGAAGAAUCAGCAUCUCGUCAACUGUGCUCUGAUGAUUCUGUCCGAGUAUACGGUACCAGCACAGACCCUGUGAAUCGUGCCAGGGCUCGGAGGAAUCUGCCAGGUAGUAUCGUAUCAGCGGCCUCCUUGGUAGAGUACGUCCCUCCCGAGUCCCCAACACUUAUCGUCACUCGCUCGCCUCGACAGGCGUGGUCAUCGCCGGAAGUAGCAGCGGCAUGGGUGGGUGAAUUGAAGGAAUGGGCCUCGGGUUUCCGGGCCCCAAGAGCCUUCGUCCUGCAUGGUCCUGGACAGCCCCUUCCCUGUGCCCAGGAGGUGCUCUAUCUCGGCCACUAUGGUUCGCUAUACAAGUUGCUGCCUGGUCAAGCAAUGAGGCCGUAACGACCGUGC